CGUCUGCAGUAUGCUCAGGGUCUGCGACAGGCAGUUAUUAUGGCCGCGGGUGGUGAGGCCAGCAGUACGGCGAAGCCUCGUCAGGAGAAGCAGUACGACUACCUGCUCAAAUUCCUGCUGGUGGGUGACAGCGACGUCGGCAAGCAAGAGAUCUUGAGCGGCCUCGAGGACGGCGCCGCGGAGUCGCCGUUCUGCAGCGGCAGUGCUUACAAGACUACAACUAUCCUGCUAGAUGGGAAACGAGUGAAGCUACAAUUGUGGGAUACGUCGGGCCAAGGUAGAUUCUGCACCAUCAUUCGGUCAUACUCCAGAGGUGCUCAAGGUAUACUCUUGGUAUACGAUAUCACCAAUAAGUGGUCCUUUGAUGGCAUCAAUAGAUGGCUAAAAGAAGUCGAAGAGCAUGCACCUGGUGUACCAAAGGUACUGGUUGGCAAUCGUCUACACUUGGCCUUCAAGCGACAAGUAGGUGAACGAGAUGCAGAGGCUUACGCGGCAAAGAAUCGAAUGGCGUUUUUUGAGGUCUCGCCUCUCUGCGAUUUCAAUAUCCGCGAGAGCUUCUCGGAACUAUCUCGAAUGGCGCUGCACAGAAACGGCAUGGAGAGAUUAUGGCGAUCCAACAAAGUACUCAGUCUGCAGGAACUAGCGUGCCGCGCGAUAGUAGCCCGAACGACAGUCUACGGUAUCGAGCAGCUGCCGUUGCCCAAAUCGAUCAAGUCGCAUCUCAAAUCGUACGCGAUGACGACCACGUCCCAGCUGCGCUACAACGGCAACCGCUCGUUGAGCUCCAGCAAGAGUCUGGGAUCCCAUCAUCGAAAGCUACGCUUCGUUGGGGUAGGUCACAGCAAUGGCGGGCUGCCGUCGACGCCCGGCAGCUCGCCCGGCAGCAUCACCGAUUCGCGUACGAGUUGCGUCGGUCGCAACUCCUGCACGGUGUCUUGAGAGCGACAGAGGGCACAAGUGAGACUCUAGCGGUUACUUACAGAAGCAUCGCGCAGCAAUCAACGUUCUUCCUUCUCCUGCCCCUCUUUCUUGUUCUGUCGAGGAUGCAAACGCGUUUAACGAUGUUGUUUCUCACGAGUUUCAUAGUAGUACUGUUAGAUAGUAUAAAUGUAUGAAAUUCCGAUUUGCCACUUGCCAACGUUGACGGAUAUAGAUACUUGUUGCGUUUAUGUACAUCACGAGAUACAACAUUUCAGAUAUAUUUUCACACUUAUGAGCCACGCGCAGUUUCACGAUUCAAACGAUUGUUAAUGAGCUUAAGAGAAGACUAGCUGUCGUGUACCCGUGCCAUCCGUUGUACGAGAUUAAGAAAGAGAAGGUAUUAGCAUAAAAGCUCGCCCGAUUUUCCAUCGCGAAAAAAAGAACAUGUCAAAAUUAUAGAAGAUUUACGAGAUAUACCCGCACACAAUUGAUCGACAUUACAUUACGCGCUCGAGUUUGCUCAUAUUUCCUCAUAAGCCGCUUCGUUUCUUUUGGCCGUUGUUGGAAAAAAGCAUGCCUUCCCACAAACGUAUCUCUCUGUGCGGAAUGUUUUUUCCUCGAUCAUCGACCUUACGAGAACAGCGAGUAAUGAACUGAAAAGUACAAGUUCGCUAAGUCUACGGUGGUGUGGUGUAGACUAAUGAUGAUAGCGUAAGUGUAGAAAGUUUAGAGCAGCUAACUCGAGAUAUAUAUUAGCGACAUAUACAUAUAUAUUUUCAAUUGCUUGCGACGCGAAAAUUUUAUCGGAAACUACUGGUUACCGAGAGCGCGGAAGAGCUAUAUAUUUUUUAAAGAGACGGUUUUAUAAAGAGCAAUAAAAGCAUUGACUCUUUCUAUGGCACGAGUUUUUACAUUGAAUUACGUUAAUCGAUUGAUUGGAUGAUAAUUUUCUCUCGAUGUUUUAUCUCUCGUUUUCCUCUCCUCUAUAUGAAUUGUAAAUCGCGCGAAGCGAUCUUUAUAUCUCUCCCCCUCUGAAUUUAACAAAAGAUCCGGAAAAAAACCUUUCCUCCGAAUUUAUUUAAAAAUGUGUUAUUUAAAAGUAUCGUCUUGUUUCACGUUACCUAAAUAUAAGUCCAUAUUUGUACAGUGUAAGAUUGCAGAGGAGAUGCGUUUGUGUGUAAUAUAGAUAGAUAGAUAGAAACACACUUCGAUCUCUAACGAUAUGUCUGUAACAAAUCGCUCGAUGCCAGGAAAGCACAUGAGAUGUAUAUUUAUAUUACGUUAGAUUUAACUAAAUUAUAUUCUGUGUAUAUAUUAUAUAUAAAGAAAGAACUAUUAUAUUGUUUUAUAUAUGAAUAUAACAUGUGCUUACUUGUCUGUGAGAUGUACUAAACUUAACUUCGCAUAUUAAUGCAUUAAUGCAGUGCAUGUAAUCAGUAUUUAAAAGACUUGAAAACGGACUUUCUAUUUCGAAUACCAAAUUUUCUUUAAUAAAUAGUUCACACAUUAUUAAUUAUAUAUACAUAUUUUGUUACAAGAGAAUAACAUCUUUCAUGUAUGAAGGAACAAACAUCCAGUUUUAAAGGGGGCCACGUAUUAAGAAAGGGAAGAAUGGAAAAUGCCGUCCCGUUUGUCAAAACGCUUCCAGUUUACUAAUAAAACGCCAAAUUUCGUUGAAUUGGUAGAAGAAAAGAACCUAUUUCAUACAUUUGCUGUAUAUAACAAACAUGUUCUAGUUUUUAACUACAAUUUGAGUUACAAUUAUGUAAUUACGUCUAUUUCUAGCAAUGUAAAUUUUAUCUUUAAUCUCGAUUUGUUACGUUUAUCUUUUUCUAAUUCUAAAAAUUAAAAAAAGAUAAAGGAUAAUAUUAAACUAAGAUUAAAGUUAAUUUAUACAUUGAUAAAAAAUGACAAUCAGUUUAAUCGAGUCUUAUUGAAUGUAAUCGCUGGAAUUGGCAAAAAAUGUUCUCCCUGGCAAACUUGUAAUACUACUUUCUUGUGUUGCUUUGAACACUGAAACUUUCAUCAACGUAUUCCAUCUCUACACAGUGGUUCUAUUUGUAUAAUAGCGAAACACGACUUCAAUUUAUAUUCAAUUAUGUGUUCCAGUUUAAAGCACAUGUGGUUGUAUAGUGAAAAUAAAUCGAAUAUUUAUAAACC